AUGAUCGCCUCGCACUUGCUGGCCUACCUGUUCACCGAGCUCCACCACGACCAGGCGCAGCGGGUUGACAAGUACCUGUAUCACCUACGGCUUUCAGAUGACUCCCUCCGUGACAUCUCAGAACGGUUCCGGAAGGAAAUGGAGAAGGGCCUGGGGGCGGACACCAACCCUACGGCUUCUGUGAAAAUGCUGCCAACCUUUGUGAGGUCCAUUCCUGAUGGAACAGAGGAAGGUGACUUCUUGGCAUUGGAUUUUGGUGGCACAAAUUUCCGGGUGCUCAGAGUCAAAGUUGCAGAAAACGGCAGCAAGAAGGUUGAGAUGGAAAAUCAGAUCUAUGAUAUUUCGGAAGAACUGAUGAGAGGCUGUGGGACACAGCUCUUUGAUUACAUUGCUGACUGUUUGGCUAACUUCAUGGAGCAGCUGCAGAUAAAGAACAGGAAGCUGCCAUUAGGCUUUACCUUCUCCUUUCCCUGCCGCCAGACCAAACUGGACGAGAGCUUCUUGGAUACAUGGACCAAAGGUUUCAAGUGCAGUGGUGUGGAAGGAAAGGACGUGGUUUCUCUGUUACGGGAAGCUAUAAAGAAGCGAGGGGACUUUGAAAUUGAUGUUAUAGCUGUGGUGAAUGACACUGUUGGGACAAUGAUGACCUGUGGCUAUGACGACCAGAACUGUGAAGUUGGACUUAUUGUUGGCUCUGGGUCAAAUGCUUGCUACAUGGAGGAUAUGCGCCAUAUAGAGAUGGUGGAGGGCGACGAAGGCCGCAUGUGCAUCAACAUGGAGUGGGGAGCCUUUGGAGAUGAUGGAUCCCUCAAGGAUAUCCGGACAGAGUUUGACCAAGAGAUUGACAUGGGCUCCCUGAAUCCUGGCAAGCAGCUGUUUGAGAAGAUGAUCAGUGGGCUGUACAUGGGCGAGCUGGUCAGGCUCAUCCUGGUGAAGAUGGCCAAGGAGAAGCUUCUCUUCAACGGGAGAAUCCCUGACGACUUGAGGAAGAAGGACUGCUUUGAGACCAAAUACGUCUCUGCCAUCGAAAAGGAGAAAGAAGGCAUCUCGAACACCCGCACGAUCUUGAAACAGCUGGGCCUGGAGCCUUCCUACGAGGACUGUGUGGCCACCCAGCGCGUCUGCCAGAUUGUCUCCACCCGCUCGGCAAACCUUUGUGGGGCUGCCCUGGCUGCUGUGCUCCACCGCCUGAAGGAGAACAGGGGGGUCGAUUGGCUGCGCACCACCGUCGGGGUGGAUGGCACCGUCUACAAAAAGCACCCUCAUUUUGCACACCGCCUUCACAAAGUGGUACGUCGCCUCCUGUCUGGCCAUGAAAUCCGAUUUGUCCGCUCAGAAGAUGGAAGCGGCAAGGGAGCUGCCAUGGUGACGGCGGUGGCAUAUCGGCUGACUGCCCAGCAUGAGGCCCGCCAGAAAAUCCUCCGCCCUCUCCGAUUGGGCCCCCAGCAGCUGCUGGAGGUGAAGAGGAGGAUGCAGCGAGAGAUGGGGUUGGGCCUGGCCCAGGAGACGCACGCCAAGGCCACGGUGAAGAUGUUGCCCACCUAUGUGUGUGCCACUCCGGAUGGGACAGAAAAAGGAGACUUCCUGGCCUUGGACCUGGGGGGCACCAACUUCCGUGUGCUUCUGGUGCGCAUACGAAAUGGGAUGCGGCGCAGUGUGGAGAUGCACAACAAGAUCUACACAAUUUCAGAAGAUAUUAUGCAAGGAACAGGAGAGGAGCUAUUUGAUCACAUCGUUAACUGCAUUUCGGACUUCCUGGAGUACAUGGGGAUGAAGGGCGCUUCGCUUCCCCUAGGGUUUACCUUCUCUUUCCCUUGUCAGCAAAACAAACUUGAUGAGGGCAUUCUCCUGCAGUGGACCAAGGGAUUCAGUGCUUCUGGCUGUGAAGGAGAAAAUGUCGUAGGACUGCUGAAGGAAGCCAUGCUCAGAAGAAAGGAGUUUGAACUGGAUGUGGUAGCUUUGGUGAAUGACACAGUGGGCACCAUGAUGAGUUGUGGGUAUGAAGACCCUCUUUGUGAAGUGGGACUUAUUGUUGGAACUGGCACCAAUGCCUGCUACAUGGAGGAGAUGAGGAAUGUGGAGCUGGUGGCCGGGGACAAAGGCAGAAUGUGUGUCACUAUGGAGUGGGGGGCCUUUGGGGACAACGGCUGUUUGGAGGCGUUCUGGACAGGGUUUGACGCCAUUGUGGAUGAGAAUUCCCUCAACCCUGGAAAGCAACGAUUUGAGAAGAUGAUCAGUGGGAUGUACCUGGGAGAAAUUGUUCGCAAUAUCCUGAUCGAUUUCACCAAGCGAGGACUGCUCUUCCGUGGGAGAAUCUCUGAACGGCUAAAGACCAAGGGGAUCUUUAAAACCAAGUUCCUGUCUCAAAUUGAGAGUGAUCGCCUGGCGCUGCUUCAGGUCCGGCACAUCCUCCAGGAGCUUGGUCUGAAGAGCACAUGUGACGACAGCAUCAUUGUGAAGGAGGUGUGCACUGUGAUCGCUAAACGUGCUGCUCAGCUGUGUGGGGCAGGAGUGGCCGCAGUAGUGGACAAGAUCCGAGAGAAUCGAGAGUUGGAUUUCCUUAAGGUCACCGUGGGUGUGGAUGGGACCCUCUACAAACUCCAUCCUCACUUCUCUGAGGUGAUGCAGGAAACCGUGAAGCAGCUUUCGCCCAAGUGUGAGGUGACCUUCCUUCAGUCCGAGGACGGCAGCGGGAAGGGGGCGGCCCUUAUCACUGCGGUAGCAUGUCGGAUGCGGGAUGCUGGCCAGCACUGAGAGGGCCCCCCAAACAUCCAGGUGUGGCUGCUCCUCCCUCCCUGCCCAGUCUCCAGACCACUCCGGACAGAAUCCUUGUGUCUUCCAAAAUUGUUCCUGGUGGACCCCAUCCGGGCUGGGUCCUUUGCACAUGGAUAAGGAGUCUCCCUGUAGGAUAGGGGCUUCUUCUUCCAGCUGAUCUCUAAUGGCUGUUCAGUGUCCUUCGCAGUCUCUGACCACCCCAUGGCCGUGUCAGAUCUGAAGCGCCUGGCCCUGAGCUAGGCCCAGACCAGAGCAUAGCAAAAGCACACCCAUUUCCACUAAAGGCAGUGAAUCUACUUAUAUUGCAACUUAAACAUGUUUAGUAGGAUAGCAAGUGUUGGCGUUAGGAGAGCAGGGAUGUUCUGCAAUCAUGAUUCUUGAGGUAAGCUCCGGGGAUUUGAGUGAGCCGACAUCCCAGGAGGCCGAGAAGCUGCCUGCUCCAUCCAGAGCUGGUGUGGCCAAGCGUCAGUGGCCUGGCUGCUUUUCUCUGCUGCAAACAAAUCCCACCCCCAUCAAUCUGAAGGGUCCUUGCAAAGGACUGUGGUGACCCCAUCUGAGAGGGAGGGAGACUCUCCCUGGGCCUCUCCAUUUUCCCUCACAACUUGAAAACCAGCUUCUUGGUUCUCUAGCUAGAGAGACGUUGGGGAGGGGAGGGGAAAAGGGCAGAGAGGAAGGUUUACAGCAGGUUUUCUGUCCAAAAAUUCUUGAGGGGUUGAGGAGGAAAAGGCCCCUUUCCAAGACUGCUCCAUGAAACAUGAAAACGAGAACACCAGGCGGAGAUCCCAUCAUGCCAGCUAAUUGUGGGCCUUGCUGUUGUGCUCUGGGAGCACCUGAGCUGUUGCAAACCACAAGCCCCUUCCCCAUCAGCUGCAGGAGAGGCCCUGGACAUUUCUCAGCCAAUCCAGUCAGUUUGCAGCCCUCUCUGAAUCUGCUUUCUUGAGUUUUCGCCUCUGCCAGGUUUGGGGCUAGACAGCCCCCCGGGUCCUUCUGUGGGGGGAAGGGAAGCCCCUUCACCACCUGUUUCUUUGGAGCCUCAAGUGCAUGUUGAAGUUUUGAGGGCGAAGGUGGGGAAACCGUUGGCUUCUGAGGGAGUCUGCUGCAGGGAAGCAGCCUCCGAAAAGCCAGGUGGGCAGCUGGGAUGGCAGACUCCCCUCUCGGCUUUCCACAGCCUCCUGCAAGUGACAAGCUCACCUUCUAGUUCUGAGUCCAACGGGGGGGGGGGAGGCUGCUUUCCUCAUAGACCAAGAGCGAGAAAGAGCCCCCCCCAAGAGCUCCUUUUAUGGCAGAAGGUCUAGUUCACAGGAGUCAGCCUUUGCCUGGGACGUCCACUGCAUUUUGAUCAGUACAUUUGGUCAUUUUGAAGAGAAAUUAUUUCUACUAUUUUUUUUAUCUCCAUGUGUAUAUAUUUAUAUUUAUAGCUUGGAUAACUGAAACAGAAAUGUUCAAGGAAAUAUUCCAUUUAAAAAUACACUUCCUAUUCUUUUAAGCAUUUAAAAUGAUUGACUAUUUUAGGAAAGCUUCAAUCUUGCAAUAAAGAGGAACCACUCCAAACA